GACCGGUCUACGAUCUCGCCGUAGUGUAACACAGUCUUGAGAUCUUUAUAAUCAACAGGAAUCAUGACCAAUCUCUAUAAGUUACUACUGUGUGAUACAAUGUAAAGUAGUGUAUAUCUGUAACUUAUGACUAUCUUAAGACAUCAUCAUUACAACUUCCUUUUAUCUUCGUGGUGAAUAUCAAGAUCUAUCUGCACGACAGCAACAGCAACCAACUGUAUUCAUAUCAAGCUACAGUAACUCGCCAAAAUGACCGACCCCAAUAAGAACCAAAAGAAGUUUGAUUUGAUCAAGCGUGGAGAGAGGACGCCUACACCUUGGGGGACCGUAACCUUCAUUGGUCUCCGCGCCCUCGAUCUUCCACUACAGCAUGCGCUCCUACGGCCCGGCGGUCUCGGCACGUCUCUUCUCUCUCGGGUCGGUCUCACCCCCGCCCUCCCCGUCGCCGUCUCCGUCUUGCGGACCGGUCUCCCCUUAAUCGACUCCCUAGGCCACCCCUCCAACGUCAUCCUCUUCUUAAUGGCCUGCGGCUCAACCCUAAAACAAAUAUACUGGCAAACAUCCCUAUCCUUCGAAUCCUUCCCGGUAUCCGCCGCUAGCGCCGUAUCCGUAUACAACACGUUCGUAAACAGCGUGAACACAUUCCUCUUCCUAACCUUCACCACAACCUCCCUCCGCUCGUCCCCCACCCUCACUAUCCCCCUCCCCUUCCUCUCAACCCCGAACUCCACAAUCACAUUACCACUAAGCACCGUCGUCGGAACCAUCCUCUACAUAACCGGCCUAACCCUCGAAACAACCGCCGAGCGCCAGCGAAAAGCCUUCAAAAACCGUCCCGAGAAUCAGGGCAAGGUAUGCAAAGUUGGUGUCUGGAGCUGGGCGCGCCAUAUCAAUUACUUCGGCUACUCUUUGUGGCGAGGUGGAUAUGCUAUGGUAGGAGCUGGCUGGACAGCCGGGUUGAUCGUUGGCCUUGGACAGAUGUGGGAUCUAAGUUCGCGCGCCGUGAGCGUGUUGGAUGAGUACUGUUCAAACAGGUAUGGUGCGCAGUGGGUGCAGUUUAAGAAGGACGUGCCGUAUAAGAUUAUCCCGGGGAUCUACUAGGGUGGUUGCUACUAUCUAUCCGGAAAUGUAAAAAAUAGCUCUCUUUAAAUAGGAUCACAUGCAUGUUUGUAUUUUCGAUAGAACUUCAUUCGGGUAUAAGCAACAGUAACUUGUUUCUGCUUUGAUAUUAGGU